GCAAGGAGCAGUGACAGGGGCUCUGCACAGAUAAGCACUGCUGUGUCUUCUCUGCACUCUCACACCAUCCUCAUUGUUUGAGCGUUUUCCAAAAUAUGGCAAAGGUUCAGGUGAACAAUGUGGUGGUGCUGGAUAACCCUUCUCCCUUCUACAAUCCUUUCCAGUUUGAAAUCACCUUUGAGUGCAUAGAGGACCUUUCUGAAGAUUUAGAAUGGAAAAUUAUUUACGUGGGCUCUGCAGAAAGUGAAGAAUAUGACCAGGUUUUAGACUCAGUAUUGGUGGGACCUGUACCUGCAGGACGACAUAUGUUUGUAUUUCAGGCUGAUGCCCCCAACCCAGGCCUUAUACCAGACGCAGAUGCUGUUGGUGUAACAGUGGUGCUUAUCACAUGCACAUACAGAGGGCAAGAGUUUAUCAGAGUGGGCUAUUAUGUUAAUAAUGAAUAUACAGAAACAGAACUGCGGGAAAAUCCUCCUGUGAAACCAGACUUUUCCAAGCUUCAGAGAAACAUCUUGGCAUCAAAUCCUAGAGUAACAAGGUUCCACAUAAACUGGGAAGAAAAUACAGAGAAACUUGAUGACAGUAACCCUCAUAUGCAUCCAGUACUUUCCAUAGAGGCCAGACCUUCAGCUUCAAAAGGCUGGCCCAUGUCAGAGAACUCUUUAAAUGUCAUGCUAGAAUCCCAUAUGGACUGCAUGUAACUUCCUACAUUUAAAUCUUUCUACUCUCAACUUACGAAGCCAAUGUGAAAAGUGCACUUUGCUACAAUAUUUUCCAGUGAAUAGGACACCAGAAAAUAUUUCCUUGGAAAAAAACAUUUAUUAAAGGGUGGAAACAAAUGUGAACUAGUGGGGAAAAGUUUUAAAACGUCUAUUUUUAAUUAUUUUUCUUUCUGCUUAAGACAGUUACCAAUUAGCUAUUUUCCAAACAAGUUAUAACAUGCAAUUGCAGCACAUUUUUAUAUUUAUUUGGAGGUGUUUUGUUUUCCUGCUCUUUUGCUGAAAUAAAUCUAUGCUUAAUACCA